UUUGACUUUUUCUCGUAAUCUAACCUACAAUUUGUAGACUGGCAGUUUAUAACCUUUAAUUUCAGUAAUUAUUAGUAAAUAAAAAUGAAUCAGGCGGACGUUUCAAAGCUGGUCUCGCAGUUGCGAAUCAAGGUGAAUCCGCGCCUGAGAAAAUUCAGGAAUCCGGGGGGCCCCGAGGAGCGCCUGAACAAACUCAGGAAAACGGUGACCGCUCUGAUCAAACACGAACGGAUAGAACUGAACUACCCCAGGGCCGAUGAGGCUCGCAUGUACGCGGAGAGGUUGAUCUCCGAUGCCAUCAGAUAUGGUGACUGCCACAAGACCACAAUGGAAAUGGCUGAUUACUGGCUGACAGAGAAGCAGCUGGUGCACAAGCUCUUCAAGGUGCUGGCUCCUCGUUACCAGAACUACAAUGUGUCCUUCUCGAGGUUGUACAAGGCGCCCAGACCCUAUCCAGGCGACAAGAAUUUGAAAGCAGUUUUGGAACUCAGAGGUAAUCCGUUUCCAUCGGUAACACCAGACACGCAAUCCAACAGGAAUCUGAUACACAACGUACUGCUGGACGAAGCCAAAAAGGAAUACAGGCAGAAGAAGUACGAGGAGAUCGCAUCGAAAAUCGAGAUGGAAGCGGAGAAGAUGAAGACAACGGAUGCUGCGACCAAAGAGACUUCAGUGUAGAAUAUUUAUUUCUUAUGUGCUACCUCAUAAAUAAAUCAUUAGUUAAUAAAUUA